AUGAAAGUGUUGGCUGAGAAGUACACUGACGUCGGUGUGGUGAGUCCCUCCUUUCGCGAGCCGAAGGAACCCGACCGAAAGAGAAUAGUCGCAAAUGCUUAUAAGGCAUUCACACCCACCAAGAGCAAGUUGAUUGGGGCGCUAAACUACGAUGGAGCACACUGGGUAGCCUUCUUCAUUGACGUGGGGAAUCGGGAAGUGGUGGAACCUCUGUUGCCUGUAAAUACCGAGCUGACGUACGACAACUACACAUCGUGCUUUCAGCAGGACAACGACAACUGUGGAUUGUGGUGCCUCAUUGUUCUUGAGCUAAGUUUAACUGGUAUGCCAUGGCACAAGGGAUUGUACCAGCUGGUCCCGUAUCUGCGACUGCGUUUCCUGAGCCUGUGCUUGGGCUACGUUGAGGAAAAGCGAUAA